AUGCAGGUGGAAGAGCUGAAUGGAAUGCAGGUGGAAGAGCUGAAGAGAAUGCAGGUGGAAGAGCUGAAGGGAAUGCAGGUGGAAGAGCUGAAGGGAAUGCAGGUGGAAGAGCUGAAUGGAAUGCAGGUGGAAGAGCUGAAGGGAAUGCAGGUGGAAGAGCUGAAUGGAAUGCAGGUGGAAGAGCUGAAGGGAAUGCAGGUGGAAGAGCUGAAUGGAAUGCAGGUGGAAGAGCUGAAGGGAAUGCAGGUGGAAGAGCUGAAUGGAAUGCAGGUGGAAGAGCUGAAGGGAAUGCAGGUGGAAGAGCUGAAGGGAAUGCAGGUGGAAGAGCUGAAUGGAAUGCAGGUGGAAGAGCUGAAGGGAAUGCAGGUGGAAGAGCUGAAUGGAAUGCAGGUGGAAGAGCUGAAUGGAAUGCAGGUGGAAGAGCUGAAGGGAAUGCAGGUGGAAGAGCUGAAUGGAAUGCAGGUGGAAGAGCUGAAGGGAAUGCAGGUGGAAGAGCUGAAGGGAAUGCAGGUGGAAGAGCUGAAGAGAAUGCAGGUGGAAGAGCUGAAGGGAAUGCAGGUGGAAGAGCUGAAGGGAAUGCAGGUGGAAGAGCUGAAGAGAAUGCAGGUGGAAGAGCUGAAUGGAAUGCAGGUGGAAGAGCUGAAGGGAAUGCAGGUGGAAGAGCUGAAGGGAAUGCAGGUGGAAGAGCUGUAUGGAAUGCAGGUGGAAGAGCUGAAUGGAAUGCAGGUGGAAGAGCUGAAUGGAAUGCAGGUGGAAGAGCUGAAUGGAAUGCAGGUGGAAGAGCUGAAGGGAAUGCAGGUGGAAGAGCUGAAGGGAAUGCAGGUGGAAGAGCUGAAGGGAAUGCAGGUGGAAGAGCUGAAGGGAAUGCAGGUGGAAGAGCUGAAGGGAAUGCAGGUGGAAGAGCUGAAGAGAAUGCAGGUGGAAGAGCUGAAGGGAAUGCAGGUGGAAGAGCUGAAGGGAAUGCAGGUGGAAGAGCUGAAGAGAAUGCAGGUGGAAGAGCUGAAUGGAAUGCAGGUGGAAGAGCUGAAGGGAAUGCAGGUGGAAGAGCUGAAUGGAAUGCAGGUGGAAGAGCUGAAUGGAAUGCAGGUGGAAGAGCUGAAGGGAAUGCAGGUGGAAGAGCUGUGUGGAAUGCAGGUGGAAGAGCUGAAUGGAAUGCAGGUGGAAGAGCUGAAUGGAAUGCAGGUGGAAGAGCUGAAGGGAAUGCAGGUGGAAGAGCUGAAAGGAAUGCAGGUGGAAGAGCUGAAUGGAAUGCAGGUGGAAGAGCUGAAUGGAAUGCAGGUGGAAGAGCUGAAGGGAAUGCAGGUGGAAGAGCUGAAGGGAAUGCAGGUGGAAGAGCUGAAGGGAAUGCAGGUGGAAGAGCUGAAUGGAAUGCAGGUGGAAGAGCUGAAUGGAAUGCAGGUGGAAGAGCUGAAUGGAAUGAAGGAGAUGACACAGAAAACAAGAUUUUUUGCCCAAGCCCUGGAGCUGAGGACUCUUGAUGUCUGCUCCAACCACACUGAGAACCUAUUGAUGUCUGCUCCAACCACACUGAGGACUCUUGAUGUCUGCUCCAACCACACUGAGAACCUCUUGAUGUCUGCUCCAACCACACUGAGAACCUCUUGA